AUGUACCCAAGAGUGGCAAUUACGAAAACCCCAAUGCUGCGCGCCGCAACUCGCCAGCCGAUGAGCGGCCGCCUUUCUCUCCCCCUUCGAAACACCCGGAACCAGUCGACGGGAAAGGGUGCCUUUAACGGCCCUGGUGGCCAGUCAAGUAUCCCGCCGUCGCCGAUGGGAGGCAGCGAUAUCGCAAAGCGGAACUGGCGUGCGAUUGGCGGUGGCCUCGCGGUGCUGGCAGGUCUCGCCUACUUCAUGGGAGGGCGCCCCAAGAAGGAUACUCUCGACAAGCAGAUGGAGCCGGUCGCGAGGGAGGGAGAACGUGGGCUGAAGAAGCUGGAGGAGCACGCCAGGAACGCUGCCGGCGAGCUGAGCGGCAAGAAACCCGGUGGGAUGGGCGGUUUCCGCUCGGAGUGA